AUGGAGAAGAAAAUGGGAAGGUCUUCCUCGGUAAAAUGCCAGUUAAACCAAACUGAUCUGCCAUAUAGUGAAAAGAUUAUUGCCAUGCCGCUCCUGCCAAAAUUCAAGGUAUCUCAAAUAGAUAUGUAUGAUGGAUCUAAGGAUCCCGUGGACCAUCUAGAGAACUUUAAAGUCCACAUCACACUCCAUUGUUUCCUUGGAAAAAUUGCUUGCCGAGCUUUCCCCUUGAGCCUAAAGGUGACAACAAGAGGGUGGUUCGGAACCCUCAAGCAGAGGUCAAUAAACAGUUUCAAACAACUGGCUAAGCAGCUCCUGAUGCAGUUCAUGCCCAACAGGAGACAUAGGCGCCCAACUGUCUAUCUGCUAACAGUCAAACAGAAAAAAGAUAAAAACCUAAAGGCCUACCUUACCCAUUUCAACAAGGAAAUGCUAACAAUAGAUGACCAGGACAAGAAGAUUACCCUCGCCACCCUUCUGGGUGGGAUCUGGCUGUGUAGUCCCUUCAUGGUUGAAUUGUCUGGAAAGACCCCUACCAACCUAAGGGAAUUUAUGGAUAGGGAGGAUGAUUUUGUUAACGCCGAAGAUACCUUACAAGCAUUGGUAGAUCUAAGGAAAGAACAAAAUAGGACUGAACGGAGGAAUGGGCAAGUUGACAGGAAGCCUAGAUCAAAUCAUUAG